AUGUUCUCCUGGCUAACAGGUCAAAAGAAGGAGAAGGAAGAUGUAAGUUAUUUUCUUUUAGAUCAUUUUAGAUAUUAAACUUUUAGAUAUUAAACUUUUGGAGAAGGGGAAACGAUUUGUAGGCUAUCUCUAACGAAUGUUUUUGCUCAUUAGUCUAAAAUAAUGGUAAUUCUGGUUUCUAAAAACAUUGUAAACAUAACAAAAGUGUUUUGUUUUUUAUUGUAAACAAAACACGUUUGAUUUUAUUAUUAUUCAUAACGGUUUGGUUCCAAGCAUCUAGUGUAACAUUAUAUUGAAAAAAUUAAUGAGUUUUUGGCAUGAUACAGAUGCUGAUGGGAAUUAUAAGGUAGAGUAAAGUUUUUUGUUCUGUUCUUUUUCAAGCUUUGGGAGGUUAGGAAAGUUAAGUUGUUGAUCAAAAUAGCUAUGCGAUUGUAGGUAGAGAUGGUUAAUAUAAAAUUAUCUGAAAAGUAAGGAAAGCUUUUGUAUUUUAGAUGAAACGUAGUGAGAAUAGGUUAAUAUUAACAUGCUUAAGGUUAUGUUGUGUUCUUUUUUGGUAGAAAACGUAUAUACAAUUCACAAAUAAGAGCUUUAUAUUAUGUUAGGUUCCCAUCAGAAGUUUAUCAAGGCCUUUUGCAAUCCAAAUGAUUUUAGGUGUUGGAAAGUGUAAGUGAUGGACUCAAAAAGAUCUACAAACAAAAACUACAUCCCCUGGAGGACUACUACAAGUUCCAUGACUUCCAUUCGCCAGCGAUGGAUGAUCCAGACUUUACCGCAAAGCCGAUGAUCCUCCUAGUCGGUCAAUAUUCGACCGGUAAAACCACAUUUAUUCGUUAUUUGUUGGAAGAGGACUUUCCUGGAAUUAGGAUUGGCCCAGAGCCGACUACCGACCGCUUUAUUGCUGUUAUGCACGAUGAAAACGAGGGUGUUGUACCUGGAAACGCUUUGGUCGUUGAUUCGAAGAAGCAGUUCCGAGCGUUGUCAAAGUUUGGCAAUGCCUUUUUGAAUCGAUUCCAGUGUUCGACGAUGAAUAAUGAUGUGUUGAAAAGUGUUACGAUUGUGGAUACGCCUGGUAUCUUGAGUGGGGAGAAACAAAGGUAAGAUUUUUGUGUUUUUUUUGGAUUUUAGGCAAUAAUUUUGAUGAAUAUUGGUAAAAUCUGAGUGGCGGAACUUUUGAACUAUAAGUUUAAUAGCUUGAAGGCUUUUUUGAACUUAAAAGAUUGAAACAGUCGGGAUCAUGUUCAAUAUGAUCUUUUCUCUUUGUUUUUUCCAGAAGUUUCGUUAUGUGCUUCAUUAGUACAAUGGGAAAGCCAAAACUUUACGUUCUGAAGCUCGUAGGUUCGAUUCCGGUUGGCGGAAAAGUGGAAAAUUACGGGUUUUAAGGAUAAAAAGACAAAGAUAAGGGUUUUAGGGGUGUAAAUAGAUAAAAUAAGGUUAGAAAUACAUAGUAAUGCAGCGUCAUCAUACCAUGGUAACUGGGCUUGAUUCUAAUGCCCUUUGGACUACUUCCGAUACGCUAAAAGUAACGUUGUUUGCAACUUGAACAAUAUCAUCUUGAUGUAUUGUUCAUUACUGAUAAUAACUACAUUUUUGAAAAAAAAAUAAUUUAGGUACUUUAUGUUUAAGUUAGGGUUUAAAAUGAAGUUUAAUGUAAAAUACGACUCAAUUUGAAAAAUUUGUUUCAUUCUUGUAAACUGUGCUUAACUCUUGUAUUUUCAGAAUCGACAGAGGCUACGACUUUACUGGAGUGCUGGAAUGGUUCGCCGAGAGAGUGGAUCGUAUCAUAUUGUUGUUUGAUGCUCACAAGUUGGACAUUUCCGACGAGUUCAAACGUUGUAUCGAGGCUUUGUCUGGUAAGUUAUAAUAUAUUUUUUUGAAAUUUUUAUGAUUUUAGGCGAUUUUUUAAAUUUAAAGACCCAUUGCACCGUGCAGUCAUUCAAAUAGUUCGUUAAAUUCAUUCAUAAAGCUUGUAGUGUCUUUUAAAAUGACAUUUUGGAAAUUAUUUUGUCGUUGCACCGUGCAAUUUUUUAAAAUUUGAUAUUGCACAGUGCAGAAUUAAAAAAUGUGAUUUCAAUCUUUUGUAAAGCUAAAACAAGGUAUCUGCUUGAUUUUUAUUUGUAUUUUAGACUUUUGGACACAUUAUUUAUUACAGUUUUUAAAGUUUUCAAUCUUCUGCACGGUGCAAAUUUUUAAUUUUUGUAUGCAAUGUGCAGAGUAAUUUUAAGAGUUUAAUUUAGAGUUAAAAUAUAAGGUUUUGUAAAAUACGGAAAUGAUUUAUCUUUUUGGAAAUUGAAUAAGUAAUUCUAAAAAUUUUAGGUAACGAAGACAAAAUCCGCAUCGUCUUGAACAAGUCUGAUAUGGUCGAUCAUCAACAGCUGAUGAGAGUCUACGGAGCUUUGAUGUGGUCCCUAGGCAAAGUCUUCAAAACUCCAGAAGUUGCGAGAGUAUAUAUUGGUACAUUCUGGGACCAUCCUCUUCACUACGACAUCAACCGACGUCUUUUCCAAGACGAACAACAUGAUCUAUUCGCCGAUCUACAAGGUCUACCAAGACAUGCGGCUCUACGAAAGCUAAACGACUUGAUCAAGCGGGCCAGACUAGCCAAAGUUCACGCCUAUAUCAUAGCCGAACUGCGGAAACAAAUGCCAUCGAUGAUCGGCAAGGAGAAGAAGAAGAAGGAGCUGAUCCAGAAGCUGGACAAGAUCUUCGAACAACUCCAGAAGGAGCACAACAUCUCACCUGGCGACUUUCCAGACGUCGACAAGAUGAGAGAGAACCUUCAGAAUGCCGACUUUACGAAAUUCAACGCGAUAAAGCCGAGAUUACUGGAGGUGGUGGAUGAAAUGUUGGCCAAUGAUAUUGGUAAGGCUUAGGUUAAUAUAAGAUUGAAAGUGUUUUGGGGUUUCAAAGGUGUUUUUGAAAGUUUUUAGGGUUUUUAAAAGUGGUUUUUUGAAAAAAAGGAGGUUUUGAAGAAUUUGGAAGGGGUUGUAGGCUUAUUUUUUAGUUUUUUUGAUUAAAAAGUUUGUAGAAUAGGUAACAAAAACAAGUAAAAAAUAUGUCUUUAGCCCGCCUCAUGUCCCAAAUCCCACAAGAAGAAGCGCAACAAGCGAAGGAAGCCGGCGACAAUGGCUACAAACAACCAGAAGUUCAAGGCGGCGCCUUCAAGUCAGAAUCAGAAGGUGCGACACCAUUCGGCUUCGGCAAAGGCGAAGGAUUCGACAAAGGAGCAGACGAAUCCGAAUGGAUCGUCGGCAAAGAUCGUAUCGAUUCGGACGAUCAGUUCAGUGACCUCAACCCGGUCGAUGGCAAACUAUCCGGCCGAGUCGCCAAGGAACACAUGCUCAAGUCCAAGCUGCCAAACUCGGUGUUGGGUAAGAUCUGGAAGCUGGCGGAUGUGGACAAGGAUGGCAUGCUGGAUGCGGACGAAUUCGCUUUGGCCAACUACUUGAUCAACUUGAAGCUGGAUGGUCAUGAACUACCCGCCGACCUCCCCGGGCAUCUGAUCCCACCAUCGAAGAAGAACCUGUCUGAUUCGGAUUCGGGAAUGUAUCCAAAACUUGAAGAAUAA